AUGGCCAACAACUCAACCUUCCGCCUGAUGGUGCCAGACCUGCCGGCCACGAUCGAGAGCUUCACUGCCUACACCAAGAGUGCACUUUUUCGCCAACAUGCCGACGCCGCGGGGCUCUCCAUCACUUCAUCAAAUCUGCUAGAGACCCUGCGCUGCGCCAAGGUGCUGCACUACACUAACUAUGCGGAGGCGGGGGUCGUCGCCGGCCCAACGGGCAGCACCGGAGUCUACAUCCCUCAGGACACCGCCGCCCACAUGCUGCACAAGUUGCUGCGUGCGUGGGAGCUCCUUCCCGACUACCCGGCUGGCGUCGCGACCGAGACCAAGCACACCAAGGAGCAGAUGGAGUUCUUGGGCGCACGGCUGAAUGCUAUGGUCAAGCGGGUGCACAAGGCGUCGCCUGGCGGGGGUUCCAUCAUGCCAACGGCAAAUCAGUGGUGGAAGAGGGAGGAGGGGCAGGAGCGGCGCGAGGCGUUCGAGGUGCUGCAGAGGGUGUGGCGCGCGAGCGGCCAGGCUGGCGACGAGGCCGCAUGCAACAAGCUCAAGUCCAACAUUCUGUCCCAGUACUCAUCGGCGUUUCGGGAGUGGGUGGCAGAGGAGGAGGCAAGGCUGCAGCGAGAUGAGGCGGCGUCAGGCACGCUGCCCGCGGUCGGCAGCGCAAGGUCCCCCUUUCGGCACAAGAUCUGUCACAUCUGGGCGCACCUAGCGGAGGCCGCAGUGGCAGACGGCGCAGAUUUUUUUGUGCUUCUGGGUGAUGACAUCAAGGUGCUCGAGCGGAUGUUGGUGCCGGCGGUGGCGGCUUGCGCGCCACUGGCUUCCAAUUUCUACUCACGUAGGCAGCAGCGGGGCUUGCCUGAUGUUCAAGGCGGUGGCGGGAUCGGCGGCCUCGGGAGCGGCGAUUUUGGCAGCGACGAGUUUGGCGACGGGAUCGGCAUCGCCCGGCCCAGCGACGGCCGCGGCCAAGAGAGGGGCUGGAAGGCGGAGAUUGAGGCGCAGUUUGCGGCUAUCUCUGAGGCGCGCGACCUGCCGUUUGGAUGUGCCUGCUUCUGCUUCAGCGACACAUCUUUCCCUGUCUUCCCUAUGUUCCCGGUCAUGCACCGCUGGCACCUGGACACCUUUGGAAAGCUCUUUCCACCUCAACUCGUCAACCAGCACGGCGACCCUUUCCUCUUCGAGCUCUAUCGGAGGUGGGGUGCUAGCGUCUUCGCGCCCUCGGCAAGCCUCAUCAACGGCGUCGGUGGCCUCGGGACUGCACGCUACUGCAAGCAGGGGGCGCCUUGGCGGGACGCUCUGCUGUCAGAUGCAAUCGCGGUGCUGGGGCAUGCGCUGGGCCCAGCGGCUGCUGGGCGCCAGCUGCGCUGCCUCAGCGUGGUCGUGCCGACCUACAGGUGCAACCUUGGCGCCCUGCGCCGCAUCACCCAGCUGCGCACGUCGCCCGCCGCCCGCGCGUCGCUGCACACGCUCGUCGUCGUCGACGACCCCUCCUCGCCCGCGCUGGCAGAUGUGCAGGCGCUGCAGGAUUGGAGCCCAAACCACCUCGUGCGCGUGUACGUGCAGCUCGCCAACAUGGGCGCCAGCGACGCGCGCAAUCCGGGAAUGGCGCAGAGCUUUGGGGACUGGAACGUGCUGCUGGACGAUGACGUGGCGCCUGACGAGCAGCUGCUCGACGCCUACCUGGGCGCCACGCUGCGGCAUCCCCACGCCAAGGUGUUCGUCGGCCUGACCCAGCUGCCACAGCCACACUCCAUGCAGCAGCACGCGCUGGUGGCCUCCCAGAUGACUUUCUUCGUCUCCAUCGCGGCCCGCGAGCCCACCCCGCCCUGGGGUGUGACGGCCAACCUCUGCGUCCCCGGCCGCAGCAACAACACCGUCUGGUUCAGCGGGGCCUACCCCAAGACCGCCGGCGGCGAGGACGUGGACUUGUGCUUGCGGCUCAAGGCGCUCGCCGCCGACAAAGAUACAGCCAUCGUGGCGGUGCCUGAGGCGAAGGCGGUGCACCCGUUCUGGGGCGGCGUGCUGCGCCAGGUCGCGGGCUGGGCUUCGGGCGAUGUGCUCUGCCUUGAGGCGCUGCCGCACACCACGUUCCGCGCGCUGCCCAACUGGGCCGAGGCGACACUGCUGCUCGCGCUCUCCAUGGCGGUCAGCGCGCCGCCGCUCGCCGGCGGCCUGGAUGGCCGAGGCAUGGGGGAGCGGCUGGUGCUGCUGGCGGCCUGUGCUGCAGCCAUCAUGGCCGUCGAGCUGACUCUGGGCGUCGUGUCGGUGCUGCCGCGCGUGCCCGCGGCCCUUGCGCCGCCACGCCGCAUGGCGAUUGCUAUGCUGGCGCUGGUGCCCGCCCUGGUGCAGGACCUUGUCCGGCUGCGCUGCAAGCUAGCGCGGCUGCGCUUCACGCAGAUCUGCGUCUGCUUCGACUGGAUGGACGGCCAGAGCGACCACAUCGCGGCGACCCAGUUCGGCCUUCUCGUCCGCAACGUCUGCUGGGCUGUCGCCGUGUGCUGCGUGCUUUUCUGGUCCAGGCUGUCGGCCGGCGCGCUUGCUCUGGCCGGGUCGUUCCUGACGGCGACAGUGCUGCUGUUCGCGCGCUCCCAGCGCAUCGACCAUCGGCGUCUGUUCUGCCGCGACUACCUGUCGGCCCUGCGGCCGCUACCGCUGCCAGAGGACGGGCCUGUGCCGUUUGUGGUGCUGGCCUACUAG